AUGGGCUGUGGAUCACAUGCCGAUCUGUACGGAAGCUCUUGCAGACACAUGACGUUAUGCUUAAAGUGUAGUAAAACCAUGGCUGAGAACAAAGCCAAGUGUCUUGACCGUGGAACCGUCCUCACUAGAUUGAUUAGGGAGUAUAACGUCCGUGCCGCUACGCCAACAGACAAGAACUACUUCAUUGGUAAGUUUGUGUCUGGUCUUCCCAAUUUCAAAAAGCCUCUUCUGCGAAUAAAUAGUCUCUUCGUAAAGACAUACCACAAAAUCGUCAAUUCACAGCCGCACAAAGGUGAUGCAGAACAAGGAGUUUGUCGCUGUUCCCGCUGGUUCUUGAGGUGGAUGAUGAAAGGCGGUGAGAAUGACAAAGAGGUGGGUGGAAGCAGUGGAGGCGGUGGCAGAAGACGUAAGAAGUCAUCAGGGAUUGAGGAAGAAGAAGAAGAAGGUAAUGUCUCUAAUAGAGGAGAGGAAGACGAAGAGGAAGAGGCAUCACAGAAGAGUAAACUCGGUCUCAAUAAUAAGAGUAAUGAAGAUGAUGAUGAAAAAGGUCCUGGGGGUGGUGAUUUUGACAUGGAUGAUGAUGACAUUGAGAAAGGGGAUGAUUGGGAGCAUGAAGAAAUUUUUACAGAUGAUGAUGAGGCUGUUGAUAUUGAUCCUGAGGAACGUGAAGAUCUUCUAGCACCUGAGCUUUAUGCUCCUCCAGAAAUAAAGCAGGAUGAAGAAAAUGAAGAAGAGGAAGGAGUGUUGAGCGAGUCUGGUAAAGAGUUGAAGAAGUUGCCCGGCAAGGCUAAUGGUUUGAAUGAAUCUGACCACGAUGAUACAGAUGAUAAGGAUGUAACCAAGGAAGAACCUCUUGAGAGCAGUCCUGCAAAGCCUGCACCAUCUUCAUCUUCUCGUGGAACACCUUCUUCAAAACCAUCCAAUGGAAAGAGAAAACUAAACGAUGCCGAUUUGAAAAAGCCUAGCAGCUCUGUUCACAAAAAAGUGAAGGCUGAAAAUUUUUUUUUUUAUAAUCUUUGUAAACAGGAGAAAAGCAACUCGGUUUCCAAAUCCAACGCACCAAAAAAAGCUGUGAAAUCUGAAACAACUCCAGCUUCUGUAUCCUCAUCUUCUACUGGACCUGUGACUGAAGACAAAAUCCGCGCUGUUCUGAUGGAGAAGAAGCAAGUCACUACACAGGACUUGGUCUCAAGUUUUAGGCCAAGACUUAAGACUAGAGAGGACAAGAACGCUUUUGCUGAUAUUCUGAAGAAGAUCUCAAAGAUUCAGAAGAUUGCUGGUUCUCAAAGCUUCGUCGUUUUGAGGGGAAAAUGA